GUUUAGCACAGACCCAGCCCAGUGGUUGGGGACCCCUGGUAUAAUGCAUUGCCACCAACUGGCUAGUUAUUAAUGAAUUGUAAUGGUUCCUGGCACUAUAUAUUUACAUGUAACCACAAACCCAAUGGAUCAGGACCAUAAGUCUUAUAGUGGCUUCCAUUGUGGGCAUGUCCUUUUAUUGGUUAUUUCUUUGAGAAAGCUGCUGUAUUGUGUCAGAACAUCUGGAGACAAAUUGUGAUACUUUUAUAGUUGCAGUGCCCUUUGGGAGAGCUGUUAUACAGAGAGGGAAGCUGAGAGAUACACGGAGGAGGAAACAUCUGAUACCCUUGAGCUACAAACCAUAGACCAAACAUAAGAGAUACGGGCCCGGGAGGGUUGCGAGACUAAGGAUAUUAUCCCCAACACAUUCUCUGGAUUCCCACACACACAACAUUGCUUCAUUGCUUGGAGGCUCCCAUAAGCAGCACGGAUGGAGAAGAGAGUGGUCCUUAUAACUGGAUGUUCUUCCGGAAUUGGGUUGGGCCUGGCAGUACGUCUGGCCUCUGACUCCUACCAAAGGUUUAAAGUGUAUGCCACCAUGCGGGACCUAUCUAAGAAGGAGAACUUAAUGGAGUGCGUCAGAGACUGUCACGCCGACACCUUUGAAAUCCUCCAGAUGGAUGUGACAGACCAGCAGUCAGUCGUUUCCACCACUGAGAAGAUAAAAGAGCAACGAGUGGAUAUUCUAGUAUGCAACGCUGGUGUCGGCUUGAUGGGGCCUCUCGAGUGUCACUCCUAUGAGUCCAUGAAGAAAAUAUUUGAUGUUAACCUAUUUGGCACCAUCAGCACCAUUCAGGCUUUUCUUCCUGGGAUGAAACAGCGGAAGUCUGGCAGAAUCAUCAUUUCCAGCAGCGUUGGUGGCCUGCAAGGUAUCCCUUUCAAUGAUAUCUACUGUGCAAGCAAAUUUGCAGUGGAAGGGUUGUGCGAAAGCCUUGCUAUUGUGCUACAGCAUUUCAACAUUCAUGUGAGCCUCAUUGAGUGCGGCCCCGUGAGCACCAACUUCAUGAACAACCUGCAUGGCGUGGAUGCAAAUGACAGUCGCCUACAGGCAGGGGACAGCGACACGCGCUCACUAUAUGCCCAGUACCUGCAGCACUGCCACUCACUCUUCCAGGACGUGGCCCAGGACACAGAAGAGAUUCUGCAGGUGUUCCUAGAAGCCAUCGAGGCUCCCACCCCGUCUCUCAGAUACUUUACCACCCAGUUUUUCAUGCCACUGAUAAAGCUGAAGCUCUCCUGUACUGGCGGUUCCGAGUACGUGCGUGCCAUGCACAAGUUUGUGUUCUCUGGGACAAAGCAAAAGGAGCAUGAGAAGUAAAGUGUCAGCACUCCCACCAACUCCUCAAAAAUAUUGUCGUACAAUAUAAGAGUGAUCAAAACCUUCUCACCCCAAUAAACUAUACCUGAUGGUAGAUGCAGAUGGAUUUUA